AUGCUGCAUUUUCCAGAUCGCAGCGCGUCGAUCUUUAUCGUCACUGUUGUCUUUUUGGGUCUGUCUUUCAUCGCUGUAUGCUUACGAUGCUUUGUCCGGUUGAAGUUGGUCAAGGCCUUUGGGUGGGAUGACACUAUCAUGGUGGUCGCGAUGGCCUUGAACAUCUUGUUCGCCUUAUGCGGUAUAACAGGCUCUCUAUAUGGAAUGGGCCGGAAAUUGGCGCAUGUGGAACAGUUCUCGACAGCACUAUUUUGGUGGUGGCUCGGUCAGACAAGCUACGUAGUAACGUGCGUGGUCGCCAAAAUCUCGAUCGCGGUAGCCCUCCUCCGCCUGACCGUGACAAAAACGCAUACAAUCCUUCUGUGGACUGUCAUUGGAGUGACCAUCGUCGUUGGUCUUGUGUUCUGGUUCGUCCUGACUUUGCAAUGCAAACCGGUGUCAUAUUUCUGGAACAGAUUAUCACCUGGAGCGAAAGGAACCUGCCUGAGUACGGACACUAUCAUCAACGUCGCCUAUCUUUAUAGUGUAACCGCCACACUGUGCGACUUUGUUCUCGGUCUUUUGCCCAUCUCGCUGGUCUGGAAGCUCCAAAUGACGCGGAAGACAAAGAUUGCAUUGGCUGCUAUUCUGAGUUUGGGAUGCAUAGCCAGCGCUGCCGUCAUCGUUCGCAUCCCCUACCUUCACUUAUACAAAGACCAUGAGUUCCUUUACGCAACAACGGACAUCAGUAUCUGGUCUAACGUCGAGGCAUCACUGGGUAUAAUGGCCGGUAGUCUCGUGACUCUCCGUCCACUCUUCCGUUGGUUCCGUGGCACCAGUUACGGAAGGAGCGGAGCUACGAAGAAGACAUUCGGCAGCAUGCCCCUCUCCAGCAUGAACGGGAAUGGCAAUGGGACACACCAAUCGAAGCAUGACCGAGACGCAACGCAGUACUGGCGACCUGAUGUAUAUCCCCAUGAAUCACGGGCCGUCGUCACGACUAUUCAGACUUCUCCCCGCGGAAGCAAGAGUAGCAGCCAGGAGGACUUGAAUCCCAGGCAGGAGCCUUUGCAUGGUGUGAAUGUACACAAGUCUUUCCUUUCCUAUGAUUUACUAAACGAGGAACUUAAUCAUAAUUCUGCGUCGUUUGGCCGUCGUGGUCAUUCGAGUGUCACCAUGGCGAAACUCGUGGACGAUCCCCAAAUCAAAUAUGCUUCACUGCAUAACCCUCUCCCUACUCAACUUCACACCUAUGUGUGGCCUUUCCUGAUUAUCUGGCCUGCCUUCUUCGCCGUCUACCUCUCCCCUGAGCGCUACGAUACAUACAUUCAAGGACAAGAAUGGACAUUCGUCUGGUCUGGAUCGAUCAUUACGGCGCAGUCCCUCCUUUGGUUGAUGACAAAAUGGAACAUCAACAUCCAAACCCUGUUCACCGCGACCAAGGCCCGGUCUCUCGACUCUGCGCAGCUUAUUAAAGUGAUCCCAGUUGCCAACGCUGGCUCUGCCGAGAUUUGCCCUCUGCAUCGCGACACAAUGGGUGGAAAGAAGUCAUUCUCGUUCCUCUUCCAGAAGCGCCGCUUUCUCUACUACCCGGAGCGUCAAUGUUUCGCGCCCUUGUCGUACGUCCUCGACGCGGAGCCCAAGCCCCCCGUCAAGGUCUUUCAGCAAACCCAGGGCUUGACCUCCAAGGAAGAAAUCGAUCGCAUCCAGCAUCACUAUGGAGACAACACAUUCGAUAUUCCCGUUCCGACAUUCGUGGAGCUAUUCAAGGAGCAUGCUGUGGCACCCUUCUUUGUUUUCCAGGUCUUCUGCGUUGGCUUGUGGAUGCUUGACGAAUACUGGUACUAUUCUUUGUUCACCCUCUUCAUGCUGGUUGUUUUCGAGAGCACCGUUGUCUGGCAACGUCAGAGAACCCUCAACGAGUUCCGCGGCAUGAACAUCAAGCCCUACGAUGUCUGGGUGUACCGCCAGAGGAAGUGGCAAGAAUUGACCAGUGACAAGCUUCUGCCUGGAGAUCUGAUGUCCGUGAAUCGCACCAAGGAAGAUAGCGGCGUUGCCUGUGACAUUCUCUUGAUCGAAGGUAGUGCUAUUGUCAAUGAGGCUAUGCUGUCGGGUGAGAGCACGCCGCUUCUGAAGGAGUCGAUCCAGCUUAGACCCGGAGACGACUUGAUUGAACCGGACGGUUUGGACAAGAACGCCUUUGUUCACGGAGGUACCAAGGUAUUGCAAAUCACCCAUCACAACUCGAACGGAGAAGAUGGAUCGGAGAAUGCGCGGAAACUUUCAUCCGGGGUUCCCCUUCCUCCAGACAAUGGCGCUGUUGGUGUGGUCGUGAAGACCGGGUUCGAAACCAGCCAGGGAAGCCUUGUUCGUACCAUGAUUUAUUCCACCGAGCGCGUCUCCGCCAACAACGUCGAAGCCCUGCUAUUCAUUCUUUUCCUCCUCAUAUUCGCCAUCGCUGCGGCAUGGUAUGUGUGGCAGGAGGGUGUAGCGAAGGAUCGCAAGAGAUCGAAGUUACUCCUUGAUUGCGUCCUUAUCGUCACUAGCGUCGUUCCUCCCGAACUACCUAUGGAACUCAGUCUUGCCGUCAACACGAGUCUGGCUGCACUGAGCAAGUUUGCAAUUUUCUGCACGGAGCCCUUCCGUAUUCCCUUCGCAGGACGUGUUGAUAUCGCAUGUUUUGACAAGACUGGCACAUUGACCGGCGAGGAUCUGGUUGUCGACGGCAUUGCUGGUCUCACCCUAGGCCAUGAGGGUGCUAAUGUUGGAAAGGACGGCGCUCACACAGAACUUUUCAAGUCUGCUAAUAUCCCAUUCGACACGACCCUUGUGCUUGCGAGUGCUCACGCUCUGGUGAAAUUGGAUGAAGGCGAAGUCGUUGGUGAUCCCAUGGAGAAGGCGACAUUGCAGUGGCUCGGCUGGACUCUGGGCCGGAACGAUACUCUCAUGAGCAGGGCUGCUCAGCCCGCAGGCCCCCGAGCAGUUGAAUCUGUGCAGAUUAAGAGACGGUUCCAGUUCUCUUCUGCCCUCAAGCGCCAAAGCACAAUUGCUACCGUGGUGACGACCGAUCGUAAGACGUCUAAGAAGGCCAAGGCAACCUUCGUGGGUGUCAAGGGUGCUCCUGAAACUAUCAGAACUAUGUUGGUCAACACGCCUCCGCACUAUGAAGAGACCUUCAAGUACUUCACUCGGAAUGGUGCUCGAGUUCUUGCCCUCGCAUACAAGUAUCUCUCUGCCGAAUCCGAGUUGUCUCAGGGACGCAUUAACGGUUAUGCUCGUGAAGAAAUCGAGGCUGACUUGAUUUUUGCCGGCUUCCUUGUCCUUCAAUGUCCUUUGAAGGAAGAUGCUAUCAAGGCGGUGCGUAUGCUGAAUGAGAGCAGCCAUCGUGUGGUCAUGAUCACCGGCGACAACCCCUUGACAGCCGUUCACGUCGCGCGCCAAGUUGAGAUUGUGGACCGUGACGUCCUUAUCCUCGACGCUCCUGAGAAUGACAUGUCCGGUACAAGACUAGUGUGGCGAUCCAUCGAUGACAAGUUCAACCGCGACGUGGAUCCAACUCACGACUUGGACCCUGAGAUUAUCGAAACAAAGGACAUCUGUAUCACCGGUUAUGCUUUGGCUAAAUUCAAGGGUCAGAAGGCUUUCUCAACCCUUUUGCGUCACACCUGGGUUUACGCUCGCGUGUCCCCCAAGCAGAAGGAGGAUAUUCUUCUUGGUCUCAAGGAUGCUGGUUACACCACUCUGAUGUGUGGUGACGGAACCAACGAUGUCGGGGCUUUGAAGCAGGCCCACGUCGGUGUUGCGCUACUGAACGGAUCUCCCGAGGACCUUGCAAAAAUCGCGGAACACUACCGCACGACGAAGAUGAAGGAAAUUUAUGAGAAGCAGGUAUCCAUGAUGCAACGUUUCAACCAGCCAGCCCCGCCUGUUCCUGUGCAGAUUGCGCAUCUUUACCCCCCGGGACCGCGCAACCCGCACUAUCAGAAGGCUAUGGAAAGGGAGGCUCAACGCAAGGGUGCCGCCACGCUGGCCACGGCAGGAAACCAGGAAGAGCAUAUUCCCACUAUCACCUCGCCUGGCGCGCAAGCUCUGCAGCAAUCCAAUGCCAACCUGACUCCUCAGCAACAGCGACAGCAGCAAGCUUCUAUUGCAGCUGCCGGCUUCGCUGACAAACUCACAUCUUCCAUGUUGGAGCAGGAAUUGGAUGACAGCGAGCCCCCUACAAUCAAGCUCGGAGAUGCUUCGGUUGCUGCGCCGUUCACCAGCAAGCUGGCUAAUGUCAUCGCGAUCCCCAACAUCCUGCGUCAAGGUCGUUGUACCCUGGUGGCGACUAUUCAGAUGUACAAGAUCCUUGCCCUGAACUGCCUGAUCAGCGCCUACAGUUUGAGUGUCAUCUACCUCGACGGUAUCAAGUUUGGUGAUGGUCAGGUCACCAUCAGCGGCAUGCUCAUGAGUGUUUGCUUCCUUUCGAUUUCCCGAGCCAAGUCCGUGGAGGGUUUGUCCAAAGAGCGACCGCAGCCGAACAUUUUCAACGUGUACAUCAUCGGCUCCGUUCUCGGCCAGUUCGCCAUCCAUAUCGCUACUCUGAUCUACCUGUCGAACUAUGUCUACUCCAUUGAACCGAGAAAAUCCGAUAUCGAUCUGGAGGGUGAAUUCGAGCCAUCGCUCCUCAACAGCGCCAUCUACCUCCUCCAGCUUAUCCAGCAGAUCUCCACUUUCUCCAUCAACUACCAAGGCCGACCCUUCAGAGAGUCGAUCCGCGAGAACAAGGCGAUGUACUGGGGCUUGGUUGCCGCAUCUGGCGUUGCCUUCUCCUGUGCCACUGAGUUCAUUCCGGAAUUGAAUGAGAAGAUGCGCCUCGUUCCAUUCAGCACCGAGUUCAAGGUUACACUGACUGUGUUGAUGGUCAUUGACUACGCCGGUUGCUGGAUCAUUGAAAACGUGUUGAAGAACCUGUUCAGUGACUUCCGGCCCAAAGACAUCGCUAUCCGCCGGCCCGAUCAACUGCAGCGCGAGAUGGAGCGCAAGAAGCAAGAGGAGUUGGAGACUCAGGCAGAGAAGGAACGGCAGAGGAAGGUCUAA